AUGGUAUUUACGAUAUCAUUAAGUGCUCAAGAAAAGCAACAACAAUAUCUUACAAUGUCAAACAUCGAUAUGCACAAUGUUGAUCCUAUUUUCAAGUAUGUUUGCUGUGUAAAGGAAUCGAAUAGUACCCAGGUC